UUCCUCGUCGACCAGUUGCUUUAAAACCAGCUCAGCAUCGCAGUGAGGACUUCAGUCACCGCCGGGUUCAUCGCUCCAGCCACUCGCCUGCAGCUCGGAAGCCUUCCUCUACAGCUCACGAAACCCCUUGUGAGAAAAAGAAAAUGACUGAAACGGAAACCAGGACUCGUCACGAUGGCACGCAACAGAUCCGAGGUGCCGUGGCAGAAACCUCGACGGUGGAGGAUGUUUUUGACGACACCUAUAAAGAACAAGCGGGUCCCAAACCGCCGAGGAUGCUGGUGUGGCGAAAUAUAAUUCUGAUGUCCAGCCUUCAUGUCGCAGCUCUUUAUGGACUGGUUCUUCUGCCAUCCGUCUCGGUUGCAACUCUUGCCUGGACUUUAGUGUGCUACUUCAUCAGUGGUCUCGGUGUGACUGCUGGUGCACACAGAUUAUGGAGCCACAGAUGCUACAAGGCCUCUUUUCCGCUGCGAGUCUUCCUCGCUCUUGCCAACUCCAUGGCCUUUCAGAAUGACAUAUUUGAGUGGGCGAGGGACCACCGUGUCCACCACAAGUACUCCGAGACGGACGCAGACCCCCACAAUGCCACACGGGGGUUCUUCUUCUCCCAUGUUGGUUGGCUGAUGGUUCGCAAACAUCCCGAUGUCAUUGAAAAGGGCAAAAAACUGGACAUGUCAGACCUGAAGGCAGAUAAAGUGGUUAUGUUCCAGAAACGGCACUACAAGCUCUCUGUGGUCAUCUUCUGCUUCGGCUUGCCGAUGUUUGUGCCGUGGUAUUUCUGGGGGGAAUCCUUAUCCGUGGCAUACUUUGUCCCUGGACUCCUAAGAUAUGCAGUGAUGCUCAACGCCACCUGGCUGGUCAACAGCGCUGCACACAUGUGGGGCAACAGGCCUUAUGACAAGACCAUCAACCCGAGGGAAAACCUAAUAGUUAUUCUCAGUGCCAUCGGGGAAGGCUUCCACAACUACCACCACACAUUCCCUUUCGACUACGCCACCAGUGAGUUUGGAAUCAAGCUCAAUUUCACCACGGCCUUCAUAGACACCAUGUGCUUCCUGGGUUUGGCCAAGGACCUCAAAAAGGUGUCGCAGGAAGUUAUCGCUGCACGCAUGAAUCGGACGGGUGAAGGCAGCGACAAAAGUGGCUGAGUCUCCCGAGCCGAGAGCUCUGGAACUGAUGCCCAUGUGUCGAGUCAAGACAGAAUGUAGCAAUGGGUAUAGCAGACUUUCAGUGGUGGUUAGGGGUGAUUCCCAUUCUGAAUAUAAGAUAAACCUCCUGAGACUAAUAUUGGCUUUUGAGAGUUUUAGACUUUCCAUAAAUGUGUGAGUCUCUUUUUAAGAUUUUACGUGUCCUCACCAACUAUUAGUCACAGCCAGUGACCUGGCUACGUGUGCAAGCACAGCUUUUCACCAUAAUAUAUAUAUAAAACUGGCACAAAGAGAAUGAAAUUUGUUUAUUGGGAUUAAAGUGUCUCUUGGCAGCAGUAGGACAACCAGAAUAUGUGUGAGCAGUGUGUAAAAGCAGUGAAUACAGCAUAAUUUACUGUAUAUCUUAUUUGUUAAUGUGCUAUUUAUUAAUAGUUUUUGGCACUUUAAAAGCUUUAUUGGAACUUUAACAAUGAUGUUUCUCUACAGGCGAUACUGAGGGCCUUUCGCUCUAACUUCUGUCCGUACUGCUUUGUCUCAUGCCACAAGGAGUGGAGUUUCAUCUUUAUUUGUGUGUCAAUUAUAAUCUACGGCUUUCUUUAUGUUUUGGUAAGAUAUUGGUCUUACUAAAUCAUAAGCUGCUGUGUUCAAGGCCAACAUCGAGACAGCCGACACUCAAUUGAACUGCCCUUAUUUAUCCUACCUGAGGAACCCUGUGUGAAUACAGUACAGAUGUUAUACUUUGGUUUAUUUUCACACCCACUGUACAAGAGGUUUUUUUUUUUAAUGAGGACCACUUUCUGGAGUAACGUAUUGUAUAACUCUGUUUAGUGAAGCAGACUCCGACUGAAACAGAACCAGACUUCUAAUUCUUAACCUGGAAAGAGAGAGAGAUAUAUAUUUACAUUUAUUUUGUAUUCAUUUGAAAUACACUUUGAGAUGAGCUCUCCCUCAGACGAGGCAAAUGGAAGAUUUACCUUUUGUGCUGUGUGACUAUAUAUUAUUGAAACAUGUGUCAGGACACUUGACCGAUUGCCUUAUGUGGGUUGCACACCUGAUGAGAAAUUAAAAGUGCAAGUUAUGGAAAUAAAUUGGGGCUUAAAUUGAACCACAGUUGUUUUGUGUGUUUGUUUUUUAAGGAACAGCUCAAAAAUGAAAUUCCCUUAUUUAUAAUGAAAAGGGGGGGACCAAUCAAAAAUAUAUAAAAACCUUUGUGGAACCAAACAGAUAUUUUGCUCUAAAACAAGAUCCAAAUGUGUUAUAUCAUUGAUGUUGUGAUAUUUCCCACACCUCAUCUUUUAAAGAGCAACACUUUUUCAGUGUUAACUUCUUGAAGUUUGAAUGCUUUUUAAAAAGGCUUUUUUUCUCCGAAGGAUAUUUUUGCCCACAGUAUGUACCGUAAAUAAACCAAAUUUUCUACUUGUGACAAUAUGUUUUGCUGUUUUUGUUUUAAUUCUGUAAUGGUCCUUAUUCCCAUUCUGAAUAAAAAUAUGAUGACACCA